CAGUGGUCGCGUGUGUUUUAUUCGACGCAUAACAAAUCGCGAACAUUGAUGUUUGGCUGUGUUCGGGAAGCUCACUAUCAGCGCUAAAACUCUAUAGUCAUGUCACGUAUACUAUAGAUUUUCAGCGCUACAUAGCGCUAAUAGCGUCUCCCCGACACAGCCAACACUAUGCGUUUCGAUUGUUGCCAUAUUUACUAUGCGCUGAUAACUGAAAUACACGAAAUGUCAAUUUCGAAUAACUGCUUUAUAAUUGAUUUAUCGAUUGAUCGUUUGUCAUGUAUCUUGUCAUGUGAGAGCGCGUGCGCUCUCUCUCUCUCUCUCUCUAAUAAUUUGGCACCAAUAAGUAAUGCAAGUGGCCUAAGCCCCUACAGUUCUGGAUCACAAGGAAACAUAAGUGUCACGUCACCUAUGUCAAUAUCAUCAUCAUCACCUAUGCACGUCAUGGACGAUUAUAUUAAUCUAAACAAUGCUUCAGUCACAAUACUUGGUGAACCAUACAUUAAUAUCUUGGUGCAACCGAUGGAGAAAUUUAGAUUUAGAUACAUAUCUGAGAUGGUGGGAACUCAUGGGAGCUUGCUUGGUGCAUCAACUAGUCGUAGACGCAAUAAAAAUAAUGUGCCCACGGUUCAAUUGUGUAACUUUCCUGAAAGAGCAGUAAUACGAUGCUUGUUGGUUACAACUGACGAAGAUCAUAGGAUACCACACGCUCACAGGUUGGUGAGACGAGUGGGAACUGAUGAUGUGGACGAUCCUCACGAUAUAGAAGUUUCGUCGAAUAAUGAUUUUACAGCCGAAUUCAACAGUAUGGGUAUAAUACAUACCGCGAGGAAAAACGUGAAAGACGAAUUAGUACGGAAAUUGCGUGCGGAAAUUCUAGAAGAGCGCAGACGUUUAAAUAUAAACGCCACUCUUAGCGUCCGCGAUGAAGCACAGAUUAAAGCUGAUGCAGAGCAGUAUCAGAAAUGUAUAAAUCUAAAUAGCGUCGCUCUUUGUUUUCAAGGAUUUAUCAAGGAUCAAUAUGGUAUUACAAGACCGAUCACAGCACCAGUUUAUAGUAAUCCAAUCAAUAAUCUGAAAAGCGCUUUAACAGGAGAGCUUAAAAUAUGCAGAAUUGACAAGUACACUAGUAGUUGCGAAGGUGGAGAAGAAGUUUUUAUACUUGUAGAAAAAGUUUCCAAAAAAAAUAUAAAAAUAAAAUUUUUUGAACUAAAUGACGACGAUAUUGAAGUCUGGGCCGAUUACGGCCGUUUCUCAGAAUUGGAUGUUCAUCAUCAAUACGCCAUGGUAUUUCGAACUCCACCAUAUAAGGAUUUAAAUAUUACUACUCCGAGAGAGGUCUUUAUACAGUUGGAACGACCAUCGGAUUCAGAUUGCUCAGAACCGAUCAAAUUCACAUAUAAACCUACUGAUCGAAUAAUAGGCAGAAAGAGGACGCGUGUCUCUCAUUCGAAUAGCGCAGAAUUAGCACAAGCCGCUUUCAAUCAGGAUAGUCUAUCAAUGAAUGUACCAUUAACGAACAUGCCUUCAAAUGAAAGUAUCGAAAUGUUUAAAGAAAUAACAAGAAUAUUAGAUGAUGGAUGCUCUUCUAGUGAAUUUCGAAAGUGUGUUGCAGAUAUGGACGUAGGUUUUUUAGAACCUUACGCCAACCUGGUAGAGAAAACUAAGGAGAAUUUAACUUAUGACGGAGCGUCGAGCAAAAAGGAUGCUGAAUCAUUUGCUAAAAACAUUGUUAUUGAUAUAUUGAAUAACAUUAAAAAGAAACCGACUGAUGCGAAGAAUAUUAUAAUGAAUCUGCUCAAAGACAGAACAAUCUACGGAGAUUCACCGCUUCAUUGUGCACUCCGAUUUGGCCAGAAAGAUACCGUAAAACGUAUUUUAAUGCUCAUGAGUACUUUAAAUACUGACGCUCGAGAUCUGACAAACAUCCCAAAUACCUCUGGAAAGACUCCAUUGCAUUAUGCUGUUUUACAAAACCAACCAGAAAUUACGAAGGCAUUGCUCAUGCUUUGUGCAAAUCCAAAUAUAGCAGAUCAUUCUGGACAAAUGCCAUUACAUACAGCUGCGAAUUGUCCAGAAGCGGGAAUGAACGUUGAUGUCUUAUUGAGUGAAAAAAAAACCAAUAUUGAGGCGCAUACGGAUUUGGGAUGGACACCGUUGCAGUUAGCUGCCGAAGCAGGCUCGUAUCACGCAAUGCGCUCGCUCAUUGAAGCGGGUGCAGAAGUAAAUAACACCGAAAUGUCAUACGGACGAACUGCUUUGCACAUAGCGGUCGAAGGAGGUCACAGAGAUAUAGUUGAGUUUCUAUUAAAAAAUACGAUAAUAGAUGUAAAUAAGAAGAAUUUUAGUGGAAAUACAGCGUUACACAAUGCAGUGGUUACGCAAGGGGCAAAAGCGAAAGAAAUAUGUGCUCUUUUACUGAAAUAUGGCGCCGACCCAUAUAUAAAGAAUCAUAAUCGACCAGAUGUUGAGGAAACUCAAGUACAAAAUAUAAAGACCGAAGCACAUUCGGAAGAUGACAAUAUGGAGGAAUGCGCUGGAGAAUCAUCUUUUGAUCUAGCCUCAAAUAAGCUGGAUAUCUUGCAGCUCAUCUCUGGUCAAGGCGAUGUGUCAGAGAAAAGAGGGUUUGUAUGUAAAGAAGAAAAUAUUGUUGAUACAGAGAAAGUUUGGAUGGACGCGGAUCAGGAAAAGCAAUUAGCGACUAUCCUAGAUGAAACAAAAGGAUGGAAGAAACUGGCCGAUCACUUGAACUUUGAUUACUUACUUAAGACCUUUGAACGAAAUUCGUUCAGUUCUCCAGCAUUACUUCUUUUAAAUUAUAUUGCGGUACAAACCCAUAUAUCUCUCGGUGAACUACAAAGUAUACUGCAGAACAUGGGCGAAGAAUACGCUGCCACGUAUCUGCAGCAAGUUUUAUCAUUUAAUUGAGUGCACGAGCUAGGAAUAGAAAAUAAACCGUUAUUUUAUAUAAUUGAUGAAGUCCUGAAUGUAUUGCGAUUGUACGUUAAAAACUAUAUUUUUUAUAU